CGAUGUUGUUUCUGGUUGCCGACAACGUCGGUAGUCGUGGUAGUCGUCGACAAUUCGAGAUGCGUCCAUCCGACACGACACGAUGUGUUCUGCAUAUGGUGGCCGAGUCGAGCGACGAAUGUCCUUCUAUAAUUUUCUCCACUUUUCUACUGAUAAAUCUUGUUAAAAAAACUCGUCCACCAUGACCACAUCAUCGGAAGAUGUUCUUAUGCAAGUAGGACAGGUCCGUUAUAAAAAAGGAGAUGGCACUUUAUAUGUGAUGAACGAAAGAAUAGCUUUUAUGCUAGAAAAAAGCAACAAAGUAUCUGUCAGUCAUAAAUAUGGUGACAUUAAACUGCAAAAAAUCUCUCCCGAGGGGAAAUCGAAAAUUCAACUGCAAGUAGUUUUACAUGACGGACAAUCAUCGACUUUUCAUUUUGUAAAUAAAAAUGGCCAAGAAGCACAAAUCAAAGAUCGUGACGAUGUGAAGGAAUUGCUGCAACAAUUACUACCGAAAUUCAAAAAGAAAGUCAAUAAAGAACUAGAAGAAAAGAAUAGGUUACUUCAAGAAAAUCCAUCUUUAUUACAAUUAUAUCGCGAUUUAGUAAUCACUCAAGUAGUUUCGUCUGAAGAAUUUUGGGCACAGCAUGCCGUCGAAUACAUGCAGGCAAAAAAGGUCCAACAACAAGAAAUUGGUGUAAAUGGCGCCUUUCUUGCCGAUAUCAAACCACAAGCUGACGGAUGCAAUGGAUUCAAAUAUAAUUUAACCACCGAUAUAAUAGAGUGUAUAUUUAAAACCUAUCCAGCUGUUAAAAGAAAGCACCAGGAAAAUGUGCCUAAUAAAAUGAAGGAAUCAGAAUUUUGGAUGAAAUUUUUUCAAUCGCAUUAUUUUCAUCGAGAUCGUAUCAAUGCAGGGACCAAGGAUCUAUUCACCGAGUGUGCCAAAAUAGAUGAUCAAGAAAUGAAGAAAGACAUUCAAACGGGAAUCAAUGAUCCCUUGCUGGAUAUCACCUCUUUUGAGGAUAAAAAUUUAGAUGAAAAUUACGGUAGUGAAGUGGGAAAGGCAGACAAGCCUUCUGGUAAUAUUGUACAUCAAAAUAUGAUCAAAAGAUUUAAUCAACACAGCAUUAUGGUCAUGAAAGCUAGCACUGCCAAAUCUUCAACAAAUUCAAACGAACCACAAUUAAAUGGAUCCGCUUCUUCGGCGAGUAAACAUCCCACUACAAAUGAUAAUCUAGACGAACCAAAGACUAAAAAGCUCAGGAUACAGGAGAAAUUAUUAUACGAUGAUUUGGAUACGAGCUGUGACGUACAGACAAACAAUGUAAUGCCUCUUAAAUUAACGCAAAUCGAUAGAUAUUUGCAUGGACCAGUGCCGGGAAGUGAAAAAUUUGGAGUUCAUCAAAAAGAAAUACCAAUAAUAUUAAAUCAAAUGAGGAUAGAAACAACAAAAUGGGGAAAUAAUACCAAUUUACCGCGACAAGACUCGAAAACUUUAGUUAGUCCAGGAGCAGCAGUGUUGGCUCUUGGAGAACUGACUCCCGGAGGAGCUUUAAUGAAAGGUUUUAGAGAAGAAAGUCUCGGACAACUAAUACCAAAAGACUUAGAAAAAGAAUUGCGCAACGUCUACGUUUGCCUUUGCGAACUUCUUAAGCAUUUUUGGAGAAGUUUCCCACCAACAACACCUCAAUUGGAAGAUAAAGCCGUUCGUAUGCACGAGGCACUUCAAAGGUUUCAUUCUGCAAAACUCAAACCAUUUGAGGAUCGUAUGCAGAGAGAAUUCUCAGCAGUUAGUCAACAUUUAACGAGUCAUUUAAAUCAACUUUUGAAUGCAGCCUACAAGAAAUUUGCUGUUUGGCAACAACGAAAAAUGCAUAUGAGGUAGCCGUCAUUGAAUACAUUUCAAAUUUAAUUUUUUUAAAAAUUUAAAAUGAAAACAAAAUAAAUAUGAAUGAAUGUAUAUUAAGUUUUACAAAAAAUGUUACCGUAAUUGAAGAAUGUAAAUUUAGGGCGCAAAUAUCAUUAAAAAAAACCAAAGUGAGAUACAUAGAUAGUACGCAUGUUAUAAGAAAAUCCCUUCCCUUCAGGUAGAAAUUGCUUAUUUAUUAUUUGAUAUUACUCUCCUAUUUUAAAGAACCACAAUGCAAAUAAAUCGGGAAUCUCGGUUUUCGUGAUAUGUUAAUUUAAUUAUUUCGCAAUUUUUGAAUAUUAAAGAAGGAUGUUAUGUAUAUAUAAAUUCGAUAUGUAAAUCGUUUAGAAAACUUCAAAAUAGAAAAAUUGUUAUCACUUGUAAUACAAAAAAAUUGUUACGUUAAAAUUUCUCAAUAUUAAAAAAAAAUCAAAGUG